AUGUCCCCCAUUGCCGUGGGCGAAAAGUGGUGGAAGAAUUCUAUCAUCUAUCAAAUAUACCCCGCCAGCUUCAAAGAUUCAAACGGUGAUGGCAUCGGAGACAUUCAGGGCAUUAUUUCCUCCCUAGACUACAUCUCAAGUCUUGGGGUGGAUGUGAUCUGGUUAUGUCCCAUGUAUGACAGCCCACAGAUUGAUAUGGGAUACGAUGUCGCCGAUUACGAAAACGUAUAUCCCCCUUACGGAACAGUCCAGGAUAUGGAGGCUCUCAUCGAUGCAUGCCACAGGCGAGGACUGCGAAUCAUCCUUGACCUGGUGGUGAAUCAUACCUCGGACCAGCACAAGUGGUUCAAAGAGUCACGCUCCUCCAAGACCAACCCCAAGCGGGACUGGUAUAUCUGGAAACCGGCGAAGUAUGACGAGAAUGGACAGCGCCAACCACCCAAUAAUUGGCGCAGCAUUUUCGGAGGCAGCGCAUGGGAAUGGGACGAGCAGACGGAGGAAUAUUACCUCCACUUGUUUUGCGUCGAGCAGCCAGAUGUCAACUGGGAGAAUGCCGAGACCCGCAAGGCAAUUUAUGAUUCUGCCAUGGAGUUCUGGUUGCAAAAAGGUGUGGAUGGCUUCCGUGUCGACACGGUGAACAUGUACAGCAAGCAUCCUGAGUAUGCCAACGCACCUAUUUUGGAUCCCAAAUCUAGCACCCAGCCUGCUUUCUCAUUGUUCUGCAAUGGUCCACGGAUUCAUGAGUACCUGGGGGAGAUGAACGAUAUUCUCUCCAAAUACGACGCGAUGACAGUUGGGGAACUGCCCAACACACAUACCUUGGAAGGAGUUUUGCGGUAUGUGUCUGCGGCGGAGAAUCAACUGAGCAUGGUCUUCCAAUUUGAUCUCGUGGAUCUUGGAAUGGGAAAAGACUAUAAAUUCUUGACCACAAUCCCGGGCUGGACUUUGCGAGACCUCAAAGCCGCCGUGAAGAGCGCACAAGAUGUCAUCAAGGGCACUGAUGCCUGGACAACGGUGUUCAUGGAGAACCACGACCAAGGCCGUUCCGUCAGCCGAUUUGGAUCUGACAAAACGCCCGAGCUGAGAGUUCGAUCAGCAAAGAUGCUAGCCAUGAUGCAAGGUACACUCUCGGGGACGCAGUUCAUCUACCAGGGCCAAGAAAUCGGAAUGGUGAAUGCACCCAAGGAAUGGACUAUUGACGAGUACAAAGACAUCGACAGCCUCAACUACUACCAUAUGACUCGGCAGGUGACAAACAAUGAUCCUGUCGAGCUUGAAAAGGCCAUGGUCUCGUUGCAACAUCUUGCUCGGGAUCAUUCCAGGCUGCCCAUGCAGUGGAAUGCGGACGUGAAUGCAGGAUUCUCGUCCUCAUCGGCGAAGCCAUGGAUGCGUCCACAUGAUAACUACCCAGAUAUCAAUGUGAGCCUCCAGGAGAAAGACCAGGACUCUGUGCUCUCCUUCUGGAAGCAGAUGAACCAGCUGCGCAAGGAGUAUGCUGAUCUCAUGGUUUAUGGGGAGUUUGAGAUUCUCGACGAGGCGAAUCAAAGCGUCUUUACUUUCACUAAAAAGAGCAAGAAUCGCAGCUUGAUUGUGAUUCUUAAUUUCUCGGAGACUGUUCAGCCGUUUGAGAAACCUGAGACUGACAGGGAUUGGAAGUUGUUGGUUGGCAAUGUGGAGGAUCCCCAGGAGGCACUGCAAGCGUUUGAGGGGCGGGUCUUUUUGGCUUAG